UUUUCUUUGUAUAAUCCGAUAAGUACACCCCUUUAAUUUCAUUUCUUAAGAAUCAACAACAAGAAAAGGGGAAAAACUACUCCGUAUAUAAACUUGUCGGGAGCUAAGUUCAAAAUGAGUCAGUCUAGGUUCAUCAGAACCGCCACCGCGCUAGCGGCGCUCUCCAUCUUCUUGGCUUUCCGGUUAAGGGACGUGUUUACCCCGCCCACCAUCCCGGGCUCCCAAAAUCUCUUCCACACGGCCGAUGUUCUUCCCGUCGGCGGCUCCCUUGGGCCGGAGAGCAUUGCAUUUGACCCGAACGGAGAUGGGCCCUACACCGGCGUCGCUGACGGUCGGAUUCUCAAGUGGGAAGCUGAAGCGGGUGGAAGUGGUGGCCGUUGGGUCGACUUCGCAGUAACCUCUUCUCAAAGGAAGGAUUGUGUGCUCCCCUUCGCUCCUGAACUAGAGCACAUAUGUGGGAGGCCACUGGGCUUAAGGUUUGAUAAGAAAUCUGGAGACCUAUACAUUGCUGAUGCUUACUUGGGCCUUAAUGUCGUUGGGCCUACUGGAGGACUAUCCACUCCACUGGUUAAAGAAGUUGAUGGCCAAGCUCUUCUCUUUACCAAUGAUAUGGACAUAGAUGAGGAUGAGGAUGUCAUUUACUUCACUGAUACAAGCACAAAGUUUCAGCGCAGGCAAUUUAUGACAUCGACCUUAAGUGGAGACAGGACAGGAAGGCUGAUGAAAUACAAUAGAACAAGCAAAGAAGUGACAGUUCUAAUGGAAGGCAUUGCUUUUGCCAAUGGGGUAGCAUUGAGCAAAAACGGAUCUUUUGUGCUUGUAGAUGAGACCACUACAGGUAAGGUGUUGAGAUACUGGAUUAAAGGAGCCAAUGCUGGAAAGCACGACGUCUUUGCUGUUGUGCCGGGAUUUCCAGACAACAUAAGGAGGAAUUCAAGAGGAGAAUUCUGGGUCGCUUUACAUUCAAAAAGAGGACUCCUCGCUGAUCUGUUCGUGUCCUAUCCGUUGAUUGGGAGAACAAUGUUAAAGCUUCCAUUGAGCUUUAAGCAACUGCACUACUUACUGGUAGGGAAGCCCCAUGCGUCUGCAAUGAAGCUCGGGGAAGACGGGAAAGUCGUGGAGGUGUUAGAGGACAUUGAAGGCAAGACUUUGAAGUUCAUAAGUGAAGUGGAGGAGAAAGAGGAGGGGAAGUUGUGGAUUGGCUCGGUGCUGAUGCCUUUCAUCGGAGUUUAUCAACCCAAAUGAGGCGAAGUGAAGUGUUCAUUACAGUUCUGUUCACUUAAGUGUGAAACAUUCCAUAAACUUCAUCUUGUUAUAUAAUUUCAAGCAACAUAGUGAUUUACUUGGACAGUCUCUUGGUGUUAAGUACAGUGGUCAUGUUUUCCUCACAUGUAACCCUUUUUAGUGUUAUUCUCUGUUUGCAAUUAUGGGUUCUAACCCUUCUUAUUUUUCUUUUUGCAAAAUAAAACUUUAUUCGUAAUGGAUCCACCUAAAACAGUUGCUAUAAAUUCAUUG